CUUUCUCUGGGUGAGCAAUUGAAACUGAAGAAUUAAAAUGGUGUGCUGGUGCAUAACUAAUUUGGUUAACUAUAACUAAUCUAAAUACUAAAAUAAAUAAUUAAACCAAUACCCAAAUGAGAAGAAAAAUAAUUUUGUUUAAUUAAAGAAAUCGACUUUCAACCUCUAAUUUCAAUGUGUUCCAUGGACGUUUCGUGUGGUAAUUCAAAUUAUAGUUAUCUAUAAAACAACACAAUGUAAAUAAAUUUUAUAAGCAUUAUUACAAAAAAUUUAAAAAUAUGUUUGAUAAAUUCAAUGGUUAGUAUUUAAGAAUUUUUAUUUCAUACCAUUGAUUUAGCAAUACCUGGUGGUAGGGGUAGGCAAUGGGUAGGUCCACACCUGGCCGAAUCUAUGUUUGGAUCGGACCACACCGAAUCGAAUAUAAUAUGGUUCGGUUCUUGAUCCCAUGAAUUUUAUAAAUACUAAAGAAAAAUGGACCGUAUUCAUAUUUGGAUCAGACCAAAGUAGACCAAAGUGACCGAACGCACUAUUGAUCCGGUCCUUAGUCCCAAGUUAUCUUUCACUGUUGGACCGCGAUUCUCUGAAUUUGGUCUGAUUCGGUCCCGACCAGACCGAUGCCCACCCCUACCUGGUGGUAUGGCAAAGAUAAAAGGAAACGUCCAAAACUACCAAAUUUUUUAAUGCCAUUUCUUGUCUCCCUAAUUUUUAAACAUGUAUCCAUUGAGAAACAAAAAGAUACAAAAUAUACUUGUUCUAGCCACAAAGUUGUACUAACCAUGACUAUACCUUUGAGGUUUUCUACCAAAUAAAUACUUUGUCACAAUUUUGUAAGCAUAAUUGCUACACAAAUUCAAAAUUACAGCAAAUGAUUGUACAGACAUUGUUACAAAGUUAUUUUUCGUGGCAUAAAGUGUUUGAAGCAAUACUUUUGCCACAAAUAUAUUUCCGUCUUAGCUAAAUACACCCACAACUAGCUAUAGAUGUUUGACCUAGCAAAAAGUUCAUGGCUGAAGAUAUAUCAUUUGCCACAACAAAUAAAUUUCGAAACAAACCUAUGGAAAUAGCUACGCGUUAUAACACUUGUGACUAUACAAUUGAUUAAAAGCUACGAAGAAUUUUUUUUAUAGUUAUUAGUUGGUAUUAGCUACAAAAUGUUUUCUCAUAGCUAUGAAUUUGUGGCUAUAUAAGGCAAUUGUUAUAGUGAAGUUUUUCUAACUAGAGAUAGAAACUACCUCCUCUGUAUGAGUUUAACUGAUCUACACACAAGCUUAAUGAGUCAAUGGUCAUGCACUCAACUUGCAAGCAUCUUCUUGUUGAGCUCCUGUAAUUGGUAGGGGAUGGUCACCUCAUCCACCAACUUGCAAGCAUCUUCUUGUUGUAGUGAAAAUAUACCAGGGCCAAAGUUGGAACAAAUAAACUUAUUGUAUCGGAUUUCAAAAUAGAUGGGAGUCUAAUUAUCUUCUAGUUGGGGUGGGUACUAAACUGCAAAUGCUAUAGAGAAAACUAAAAAUAAUAAAAAUAUGUACAUGUAGUGGGAGGGCAUCAAGAAAAGAAUGUAGGUAAAUGCACGCUCUCCCGCCCAUCUGCAGCAUGGCAUGCUGGCCUCUCCUAUAUUCUCUUUAUGGAUCACACUGGUACACACUUCAUUCAUUAACACCUCCCUCCCAGCCCACAACAACUGCAAAUAUUAAUAAUGCCAAAAAGGAAAAUGAGCUAGCGAGGGCGAGCAGUAGAAAAGUAAUAGAGCUUUUUGACAGUGGCGUCCAUGGGAUCACUCCUUACAUUAGUCCCGUCAUCAUCAGGACACGGUCAUAAGCUAGAUUGUGAAUUAAGCAUACAGGGUAUCCGUGAUGUACACUUACCUAAACUAAACUCUCUAUUACAACCCUAAUUCUUUUAUUAUUGUUUUUUAAAAAUGAGGAAUUUAUAAGAAAUCAAAUGAGAAACAUUAAUUUUUUUUGUUGGGUGGUGUCAGGUGUAGGGAUGGCAAUGGGGCGGGUUUGCCUAAACCAUCCCCAUCCCCGCUUUCAAAUAUCUAUACCCAUACCCGCCCCAUACCCAUGAGGGGAAAGUUUUUGCAAACCCAUCCUCAUACCCAUGGGUUUCGGGUACCCAUGGGUAAUACCCGCCCCGUACAUCCAACAUUAUAAUACGAAAUAUUUUACAUGUAGACUUUCAAUUAUAACAUUAAACGCACCUACUAUAUCAUGAAGUUUACAAAGAGACAAUAAUUUUUAAUACGAUUCAAAGCAUCUUAUCCUAAAGCAUCCAUUAAUCCAUAUCAGAGUAGAGUACUGUGAUAAAUCUAUUAAGUAAUAAUUAACUAACAUAAUCUUGUUAAGAAGGGGAAAAAGUGAAAGAGUGAAGGGAAAAUUGAGACAAAUAAAUUAGAUUUUGAUUUGGGUGGUCACUUAAUUGCAUUUCUACUAUAUAUUUUUAUCGAGUUAUACUCACUAUUAUUGAUAGGUUACAAAUCGAUUCACAUAUUUUUCAUAUGUGAAGAAAUAUUUUUGAUGGGGCGGGUAUGGAUAUGGGUAUGGGGCGGGGGAGGCUAAAACCAUACCCACCAAACUUUUUGCGGGUUUUACCCAUACCCGGUCAAUGCGGGAAUUCCGCGCGUUGACUGGGUCGGGGGCGGUCGGAUACCCGUGGGCAUGGGUUUGAUUGCCAUCCCUAGUCAGGUGUGCUACUCAAGGAUUUUAUACUGGUUAAUGGCCUAGAUCGAACAUGAAACAUUAAUUCACCGAUAAAGAUAUGUCACAAAAAAAUCUUACAAGCGGCCGGUGACUGGAAAAGCACACCACCAUAAAACCCAAUCUUCACUCAGAUUCAUUCCCCAACCUAAGAAAGGAUCCAAAAUAAAUGUGACAUUGAUCUUCCAUCUAACAUUUUAUGUCUAAAGAUUCUUCUUGACGAUGUGGGAGGAUCCUCCAUUCCACCUUACACAAGAGUUAGGGUGAAAUAGUCACUACUUAAGGACUCUUUUGAUCGAACAAACCCAUUGUUAUAAGAACGGAUCCGGAUCAACGGGUGGGCUAGUAGAACCGUCAAAACAGUUACGAUAGCGGUCUGUUUCAUUGCUUGGACGGUUAUUGAUGGACCAAACGUUUUUCCACGGCUCAACAUAAAACCAGAUGAACAACCACGGUUUAACUGGUCCAGUGGCUCACUAUUUUAACCACAAAUUUAAAAAAAAAUAUUAUAACAUAAACUAAGACCAUCAAACCGUAAUUAUUAAUUUUACAUAUGCUUCCGCUUCUCAUUUUCCAACCUUGUUGUCAACUUUACGUUAUCCGCUACCGAUUAAUUGGCACUGUAAUUUUAAAUUUGAAUUAAAAAAUUAUGAUUUCUUUUAUGAGAUAGUUUGAAUGAUUUAGUAGAUAUUUUGGUAUGAUAUGAAUUUGAAAUUGUUUAUGGUCAAUGAUAACUUUAUUCUUAAAUUUGUGUAAUAUACAAGUCUAUCUUAUGAACGGUUCUAUCAACUGUUUUGUAACGGUUAAUCAUUGAACCCUAAAUCACUGACGUUUUCGGUUCAGCCUCCCGUAUGGUUAUGAAAACAGAGAAAAAAACUUUCAUCAGCCUAUUCACUUAUCUAAAAAUGAAUACAUCACGAAAAA